UUAACCUAUAACGUUACGUUAGGUCUAAUAUGUAACAUUAAAACCGAUCGAUAUGUCGCGUCAUAACAACAGAGGAAGGGAUGUCCCAGACACUGGAUUGUUGAGAAUAUCCUAUCAUAAUUUCGAUUUCUCGUCCAAUGAAGUGGAAGAAAAGAUUCAGUGCGAGAGAGAUGAACAAGUACGCGGUUCGGUGAAUUCUCUCCGGCCACCAAACAAUGACACAGAACCUGACAACACGACGGACGACGAUUCGACCACGCUAAACAUGGAGGAAGACGAGGAUGACCCACGUGACGUCAGUGAUGCGAAACUCCUACAUCAGGACCAGAGUGACCUCGCUGACCUGGCUCGUCAAAACGGCGGAAUCACUGGUCAAGUACGUGUGGUCAAAACGUGGCCACCUGUUUACACUAAGCUGGACUUAGCGUUCUCGAUAAUCUCUCUGGUUAUGUUCGCCGUGGAUCUGGGGACGGACAUCGCGCUUGUGGUGAGGUACCACCUAACUCGUCAGUAUGUCCUGAGAAAUUUGACACUUGGCUUCAUCUUGGUUCCAGCGGUUGUGUCUGGUGCCGUGUCGGUCGUGUGGAGCUACAUCGACUACAGAAAUCACGCAUCUCAUAACAGGAGUAAGCGGCCUAUGGUCAUCAGAUGUUUAUUUACAUUUUUCCAACUAGGCAGAGUUUACAGGAUGCUGGAGUUUAUCUAUCGUAUAUACUGCACAUGGAAAGAACAAGAUGAAGAGAAAAGGAAGGAUAUUUCUCACAAAGCCAUCGAGCAGAAGAGGGAUGCAGCCAUAUUGAGUCUGGUGGAUGGUUUUCUAGAGUCAACAUUUCAACUAUUACUACAACUCUUCCUUGUAAUCCGUAGUAUUGUGAGCCUGGAUGAACUCCGAGUGUUAGCAUUGCUGUCUUCCUGGGUCUCCACUGCGCUAACAGUGACGUCCUACUACCGCACUGUCAGACGUGCCGUGUCUGACCGACGUAAUAUCCGGUACGGGCCGUCGGCCAUCUACAUGGCCUGUCGACUGUUUGAGCUUGGUCCACGCUUCCUGUUGCUGGGACUAUGUGUCUCAUACUUCCAUAAUAUUCUCAUAGGAGGUGUAGCUUUACAUGUUAUCCUAGCAUUCAUCAUGUAUAUCGCCAUCAACCCACGACUCACUGGCGUCUGUGAGGGACAGAUCUGUCGUGCAGCUUUCCUGCUGUUGGUCAGCUUCAUCAGUGUGUUUUGUUUCAUAAAUCUGAAAGAUGGAAAGACAUUGUGGACAAUGUUGCUAUAUUAUGGGAUGUUCUAUUUGGAGAACUUUAUUAUGAUGGCUGUAGUGGUGUACCUUACCAAGGCAGGGAUUGUUGUCUACUCCCCCUGGUAUAACACUGCCUUCUCUGUCAUACCAGGUCUCCUUCUACAUAUGCUAUGUCUGGUAGCAUACUACAAGUUCUUUCAUCCCCAGAAAGCAAUGGGCAAGGAUCUGUCUCGACCAGGAAAAUACUGUAAAACAGAAGAGCAACAAGGAUCCUUGGAGAACAAUAUCUCUCACUCUCAUGCACAAAGUCAGGGAGAAGACACCGCUGAACAGAAACAUCUUGAUUCUUCUCUGGAGGAAAUAACCAGAAAUCAGUAUAAAUCAUCUUCAGAAGAGUUGUAUAGAAAUAACUUCAGUGAGGAUGACCUCUCAUCAAAAACCUUUCAGAAAUCCUUCCCACAGCUAGUUCAUCAACAAAGUCUUACUUCCUCACCAGAAAUGUGUGAAGACAAAUCUUCUUCAGAAGAAAUGUGUAAAGACAAAUCUUCACAGGAGAUGUGUAAAGACAAAUCUUCUUCAGAAGAAAUGUGUAAAGACUAAUCUUCUUCACAGGAGAUGUGUAAAGACAAAUCUUCUUCACAGGAGAUGUGUAAAGACAAAUCUUCUUCAAAAGAAAUGUGUAAAGACUAAUCUUCUUCACAGGAGAUGUGUAAAGACAAAUCUGCUUCAUAAGAAAUAUGUAAAGACGAAUCUUCAGAAGAAGAAAUGUGUAAAGACGAAUCUUCACAGGAGAUGUGUAAAGACAAAUCUUCUUCACAGGAGAUGUGUAAAGAGAAAUCUUCACAGGAGAUGUGUAAAGACAAAUCUUCACAGGAAAUGUGUAAAGACAAAUCUUCAGAAGAAGAAAUGUGUAAAGACGAAUCUGCUUCAUAAGAAAUGUGUAAAGACAAAUUAUCUUCACAGGAAAUGUGUAAAGACAAGUUAUCUUCACAAAAAAAAAUGAAUCUUUUUACAUACUUUCCUGUUGCAAUAUUUGUGAGUGUUUGUUUUGUUAAAAUGUAAACGACACAGUGGUAAUGUACAGUCAGUAUAUUUAGGAUAAAACAAACUUCUAUUUCCAGCUUUUUUCCAUGAGGUGGUCAGUUGUUCUGUACCCUCUAUCAUACUUAACCCUGCCAGUCACUACUUAUCUGACAUAGUAAGGUGAUUUCUUCCUUUCCUUCUACUACAUGUACUUUGAUGAUAAACACUGCAAUCACAUAUUCUUAUUCCAUUCUCUCAUAUACAUAUUGUAAAUAAAUAAAUAUGUAUGAGUACAUGUUAUUUAGAUCGAUGUGUAUAUUUGAUAUUCAGAUAUAUGUACAGUAAAUACUUAUAAUAAGAGAAAUUUUGUGUGGAUGUGUAUAUAUAUUUGACAUUUAGAUAUAUAAAAGACAGCAUUAUUUUUAAGUUUGAGAAAUCCUUUUCUGAGGGUUACCAUUAAAGAUACUAAUCCUUCACUAGUUCCCUGUCAGUAUUAAGGAACAAAGCUCCCAUUCUUACUGGUAUAUUUUUAGCCAAACCAUCAUCAGAUGGUGAACUAUUCAAUUUUCUUCCAUUAUCUGUAAACAAUCUUUGUAAUUGUUAGUUGUAAGAAAACACCAAAUUAUUGUAUUCAAAUUUCAUAUGUAGGUUUCCCUUGGUCCCUAGUUGUGCGUGUUUAUAUUAAUUUGGAGACAGAUCAGAAUACAAAACAGCCUUGAGGCAACUUUUUACUUUUUGAAUUGUGACAGCUAUAAAUAUUAAAUUGUUACAACUAUUUCUCAGCAAAUAACUAAUGGAUCUAUAUCAAAUAGUUACGUAUGUUAAAAGUUGAGACUGAUCAGAAAACAAAAGUGGUUGGCAUGCCGCUAUUUUAAAUUUUGACAGUUGAAGUUUAAUUUGUUACUGCUAUUUCUCAGGAAGUGCAUAAUAGAUCUUUAAUAUGUCGGUUCCUUUUGGUCCCUAGUUAUGUAUAAAGCCAAUGGCUGGUGGACAUCCAUCUUGGAUUUUGACAUUUGAUGUCACUGUUCCUCCAAAAGGUCCAGCUUAAAUUUCUAUCAUUACACAAGUAGGAUUAACUUGGUCCCUGGUUGUUCAUAAACAAAAUUACUAACAAGUGACCAUCUUGGAUUUAACAGUUAAAGUUUGUUAUUUCUAUUCUUCUUUGAUCUUUAAAGCUGUGACAAUGUAGGU